GACAAUCCCUCCAUGCUGAUCCUCCACUGUUCAUGUUAAACACGGUGAGGAGAUUUCUUGCAGUGUGUCAUCUGAAGUUUUCUCUGCGGAUGAAUCCAGAGCAGUUCAGAUGAACACGGAUCUCCCUGCAGCCCGGUGCGCUGUCUACCAUGGAUCUGCUUUUCAUCAUACCGUAGAAGACUCGCAAUUCAUUCGGGCGACAAAAAAUAAAAAGCUGGGACAUGGACGGUCACGGGACGGAUGUGAGCAAGCUGUCCGAUGAGGGGCUGCUACUGCUAGGGAAGGAGGAUGUGAUCCGGAGGAUGAGGAGGCUGGAGAGCCGAAACAUGGACCUGAUGCUGGAACACGCGGACAUGAUGAAGGACGUGAACCGAAGCCUGCAGGUCCAUCUCCAUGAGAUCCGGAGUCUGAAAGACGUCAACCAGAAACUUCAGCACGAUAACCUGGAGCUCCGGGAGCUGUGCUGCUUCCUAGACGACGACCGGCAGAAAGGGAAGAAGGUAUCCCGGGAGUGGCAGCGGUUCGGCCGCUACACGGCCAGCGUCCUGUGGAAAGACGUCGGACUGUACCAGCAAAAGCUUCAGGAGCUGGAGGCCGGUCAGGAGGCGCUGAGGAUGGAGAACAUGGAGCUGAAAGAGAUCGUCCUCAUGCUGGAUGAGGAGAGGAGGGGAGCCGGCUCACGGAGCUCCAUCGACAGCCAGUCCAGCCUCAGCAACCUGAAUGGUUCGGUGUCAGUUCGGGACAACGGGGAUGGUAGUAGCACGUCCAGUACUGGGAGCAUCGGUAGUCCGGACCACCGCCCCCACAACCACCUGCAUAAAGCCCCCGAAGCGAAGACAGCGUCUCUGAGAAGGUCUAUGGACGACCUGUCCGCCGCUUACCUCAAAAGAGGCACCGGGCUCAAUGAUGCAUCCGUGGGUUAUAUCACACAGCUGGAAAACAUGGUGAGGAUGCUGGAGGAUGAAAAAAAGCUGCUGCUGUCACAGGGUGCUGCUCGGACCCCGUCACCCACAGAGUUCUACAUCCACCCAGGGCAGAAACCAGAGACAAUAGUCCACGCAAUGAAGGUCCAUGAAAUGCUUGACAGACAGUGUCAACAGGAAUAUGAUGAAGAUCUCAGUGAAAAAGAGAAGGCCAUCGUCAGAGAGAUGUGCAAUGUUGUUUGGAGAAAGCUGGGCGAUGCCACCGGCUCCAAGCCAUCCGUCAGACAGCAGCUUUCAGGAAACCAGUUCAAAGGGCCGCUACAGUUGUCGGACACCAAGUGAAGCCACCAGACAUCCCAGCAGUCAAACAAUCCUAGUUUGGACUGGAAGCUUUUCAACCAUGUAUUCUCUUUGUUGGCUGAUUAAUUACAGCCACCUCAGUCUGAACUAAAAUGAGUUUUAUUGGAUGUAUGUGUCAUCUCUACCUGGAUGUGGUACCAACUGUGGAAGACCAUGGCUGUUACAAGGACAAAAACAGCCACUCUUGAUGAUGUCUGACACAGAUUGUAGGAAACAUUUUCAAACGCUGGGUUUGGGUUUACCUGCCAUCAUCUUAGAAGCAGAAGGUCUGAACUUGGGAUAUGUGGGCAAAGCCUGAUUGGAGCUACAACACAAAACGCAGUCACCAUGGCUGAAUGGGAUUGGCUACGGAUACACAGAUACGCUGGGCAUCCACACUACUACUACACCACGCUACACCUACACCACGCUACACCAACACGCUUAAACAGAGAAGUUUGUAAAUGCUUUAGUUUUCAUUUGAAACCACAAGGGCAGCAUUUUAGUCUGAACUAAUGUUCUGAAAAAGAUGUUUGCAAACUAUGAAGUAGACAUACACAACUUCUGGCUGAUUGGAUAUUUUUGGUCACAAUGUUACUUGACUCGUCAGUCUCCUUUCACAUGACCCUCUUCUGGACAAAAACAGCUGGUAUUAGCCCCUGCUACCAGUGUAGAACACAACAUGGAUUAUCAAUUAAAAGCACUUGCUGACCAAUUCCUGACCCUGUUGUCUUUGCUUACAACUGUUGUGCAGUUAGAUUCAGCAUUCUAUGGUUUUGGUAAAUAGUUUUGUAUUUAUAUAAUGAUUUUCUAGUCUGAUGAUGACCACUCAAAGCUCUUUACAGUUGUUGUUCUAUGAGGGGCAAUUCGGGGUUCAGCAUCUUGCCAGUACUGGGGAUCGAACUGCCGACCUUCAGGUUGGAUGACGACUGCUCUACCCCUCAGCCACAUCCGCCCACCCACAUCAUUCUACAAUGAUACAAAUUAAUGUUGUGUAGGAGACAAGCUGUUUUUCGAGCGGUCUGGGACAAUUCGGGAGCACAUGCCCAGUGUACAUGAGCGAUAACGUAAUAUAUGUUUUCACACAAGAUUUCCAGCAAGGGGAUUCAAGUUUAAAUGGAGCAUAAUCGUUUGUGUGGACAGACAAAACAACCUGUCAAUAAAGUCAACAUUACCAGAAUCCUUCCCUUUAAGACUUAAUAUUUCUAAAAUGGUCCAAUAUUUCUCACCCUGACACAUGAACAAAAAUUCUUGGAAUCAUCACUGUAUUUCAAGAUGUUUUUCAAACUGGUCAAAGUUUCCCUGAGAAGAAGCAGCUGAACUUCUAUUUUGGAUUCCUGAUUCAGCUCUGCCACAUGCUGUCAGAGAAACCAGACCAAACAGCAGCUCAUUGUCCUGGACCUGACCAUGACUGUCUCUGCAGGAGCCUCUGUUUGUUUCUCCAUAAAGAAAAGGAAGACAUGUAUUUAAACAGUUGAUGAAUUUCUCUGAUUUAUAUUUCCUUUAAUUUGUCUGAUAACCCGGGCUUCCUUCAAAACUGUCAUUUCAUUUCCUGGACAUUAUAUGACCUUUGACGUUGUUGUAAAUGCACAGUAAGAAUGGAAAAAGGCUAUGAAGGUCUGAAGGUCUAAAAUUGUGCAGAACCUUAAUAAUGUGCACACAGGAUAAUUACCUUGUGUGUGCACAGGAUUAAAAAAAAACAUAAUUUAGAAAGGAUCUCUGUAGAUUGGCCUGUUUAGGGAUUCAAGUUAUCUUUGAACAAAAAAAAUAUCAGAAUCUCUUUUGAAGCUGAUACUUUAACUGUAGAGUUACAUGUGCAUGCACUAACACUACUGUCUCUGAUUUAUGAAACGUCUGUACUUAGCCUAAAUGUAAAAGACAGUUCUUAUAUAGAAAGCUUAUAUUUUCUUUUGUUAUAUAUUCUGAAGAGUUGCUGUUGAUCUCACUGUCAAUGCUGUGGGCGCCUUAUUGAUGUUGGCAGCAGCUUUAAAACAAAAGACAUAUACUGUGCAUACAGAGCUCAAACUGCUACCAUGUCUUCCCAUGAUCAGUUUACUAUUACUGUCUGACUUGUAACUUGUAACAUGUAAUUGUGCUGUGUCACCCACAAAAGGACUGAUCAACUAACUUCACAUCUGUCUUUCAUUCAGAGACAUGUUUAGUGUAACACAGUACAAACAUUAGAAGCAAAGUCAUUCUCCAUCAUAAUAAAAGCUCUAACGCUGUCUGAUUUACAUGGUGUUAGCUAUGAGCUAGCCACAGAUGUACCACCAAUUACUGUCAACAAGUGUGCUGUGCUGUAUCUGAGCCACAGUGAUUCAAAUGUAUUCUAUCUUCUUCUGGGUGAACCAUGUUUCCCAGCGGCUUAUCGCUGGUGUAAGAUAAGGCCCUUUGACUGAAAUUGUCCUCCAUGAUGGUAUAUUUUAGAGAAAGACCCGAAGAAGCUGUUUAUCAAAACAUAUUUCCUAUAGUUUACUAUUGUAUAGCAUUUCUUUAUAUUUUUGAGAAAGGUAUAUGUAGCU